UGGAGCACACAGGACGUUAAGGAGGUUGUAGAAGACAAGAAGGUGACGCGAAAAACAAACCGUGGACAUUAACUCAUUUGUCUUCUUCUUAAAAACGUGUCUUGGUUCCGGAAUUGAACAACGUUUGGACUCCUGCGCACAUUUUGAGCGGAUUCGCCUCUUCGUUGUUUUUGAAGGGAGGGACUGCCCUCAUCCCAUCAAGGGGACACAUCUUGUCAGGUUUGAGCUUUCAUGAGGAGGACUGACAAGAUGGAGAGUUUGCUACCAUUAUUGGUCCUCAGCUGGAUUUCUCUCAAGGCUCAAGGUGGGGAUGUGUGUGUGUCGGGCCAUGACAGUGGACCAGUGUUUGAAGAGCAGCCAAACAGUGUCAUUUAUCCAGAAGGUCUGAGUGAAGGGAAGCUGGUUCUCAACUGUCAGGCCAGGGCCAGUCCAGCUGCCUCCUACAGGUGGUUGGUGAAUGGUACCGAGGUCCCGUUGGGUUUAGACCUCCGUUACACUCUGGUUGCUGGCAACCUGGUGAUCAGCAGGCCAGAAUGGAGUCGAGACACAGGUUCUUAUCAGUGUCUAGCCAUCAACCGCUGCGGAACCAUCAUCAGCAGAGCAGCCAUCCUUAAAUUUGGCUACCUUCAUGACUUCCCCCCAGACAGCAGGAGUCCUCAAACAGCUUAUGAAGGCCAGGGCACCUUCCUAGCAUGCCAGCCGCCUCCGCAUUACCCAGCUCUGUCCUACCGCUGGUUCCUCAAUGAGUUCCCCAACUUUAUCAAGAAAGAUGACGGUCGCUGGUUUGUAUCCCAGGUAACAGGGAACCUGUAUCUGGCCAAAGCAGAGCCUAACGACACUGGAAGCUACUUCUGUUUCACGACCAUCAACAUGGACAUCAGCACCAAGAGCACCUUCAGCAAAGCCAACCAGCUGAAUGUGCUUCCUGAUGUCAAUCAAAGGAAGUCUGCUCCAAACAUCAAAGUUCGCUUUCCUGCAGAGACCUACGUGCUAGCAGGACACACCGCCCAGCUGGAGUGCUUUGCCUAUGGGAAUCCUGUCCCAAAACUGCGAUGGCGAAAGGUGGAUGGACUAAUGCCGUCCAAGGCAGGAUCUAGUGCUAUUAGUCCCACUCUCAUCCUGCCAGACCUUUCUUUUGACGAUGAAGGCGUCUACGAGUGUGAAGCCUCCAACUCGCAGGGAGUUGAUGUGUACCAGGGCCGCAUCAGCGUGCAAGCUCAGCCAGAGUGGUUGCAGGUGAUGAGCGACUCGGAAGUGGAGAUCAGUUCAGAGCUUCAAUGGGUUUGUGUGGCUUCUGGUAAACCAAGACCUUCCAUUGGUUGGCUGCGUAAUGGGCAGCCUCUCACUACACAGGAAAGAGUACAAGUGAAUGGAGCUCAGCUCAAGAUCAGCAACCUCGCCCUGGAAGAUUCCGGGAUGUACCAGUGUGUGUCUGAGAACAAGCAUGGGACCAUCUACUCCACUGCUGAGCUCAGAGUUCAAGUUCAGGCCCCAGACUUUAGGUUAAACCCUGUGCGGAAACUGAUCCCUGCGGCUAGAGGGGGACAAGUGAUGAUCGAGUGUCGCCCUCGAGCUGCCCCAAAGCCCAGCCUGUUCUGGAGUCGCGGGACAGAGCUGCUCACCAACAGUAGCAGGCUGACAGUGACUCCAGAUGGUAUCUUGUGGAUUACGAAUAUCAGCAGAGCAGAUGAAGGCAAAUACACUUGCUUCGCUGAGAACUACCUGGGCAAAGCAAACAGCACAGGACACCUGUCUGUCAGAGACGCCACCAAGAUCACACUGGCUCCCUCCAACGCUGACAUCAAUCAGGGCGAAAAUGUAACUCUGCAGUGUCACGCCUCCCAUGAUCCUACCAUGGAUCUGACCUUCACCUGGGCCCUCAACGGGGCUCUACUCGACCUGGAGGAAUCGACUGGACCCUACCAUCGAGUGGAGGGCAAGGAAACCAUUGGUGACCUUCUUAUUGUCAAUGCUCAGCUGAGUCAGGCAGGUACUUACUCCUGCAGCGCUCAGACGGUGGUGGACAGUGCUUCAGUAACAGCCAAGCUAGUAGUACGAGGCCCCCCAGGACCUCCUGGAGGUUUACUGGUAAGGAAUGUUGCAGAGACAUCAGUGGAACUGACGUGGAGUCGUGGUUAUGACAACCACAGUCCUAUCGGCAACUAUGUGAUCUUAGGACGAUCUUCUCUCUCAACACAGUGGAAGCAGAUGAGGACGGAUCCAGUGAAUAUAGAAGGAAAUGCAGAGUCUGCUAGUGUGGUCGGGUUGUUACCUUGGAUGGAUUAUGAAUUCCAGGUCAUCGCCAGCAACAUCCUGGGCAGUGGAGAGCCAAGCAUGCCCUCACAAACCAUUCGCACACAGCAGUCAGCUCCCUCAGUGGCUCCAAGUGGACUGGGAGGAGGAGGAGGAUAUGGAAAUGAACUUAUCAUUACAUGGACACCCAUGGCCAGAGAAUACCAAAAUGGUGAUGAUUUUGGUUACAUCCUGAAAUUCAGGAAGGAAGAAACGACAUUGUGGACUGAGGUGCGCGUUCCUUUGGUGGAGUCAUCCCGCUACGUGUACUCCAACGUCACCCUGACGCCAUACACGCCCUUUGAGGUGAAGAUCAAAGCUUUUAACCGCAGGGGACAAGGUCCAUUCAGCCAGAUCGCUGUUGUCCACUCUGCUGAGGAAGAACCAACAGUUGGCCCUUUGAGCAUCAACGUCACGGCAUUGACAGCUUUCGAUAUCCAGGUGUCAUGGGAGCCGGUCCUGCAGCCCAACACCAACGGCAUCAUUAGAGGAUACGAGAUCCGAUACUGGCGCCAGCAUGAACGGGAGGCGGCGGCAGACCGAGUGCGGACAGCGGGACUCGAGACAACAGCCAGGGUGUCUGGACUUCGUCCUAGCACUCGAUACCAUGUUGCAGUUAUGGCGUAUAACAGUGCAGGCACGGGACCACCAUCGCCACGCUUUACUGUGACCACCAGGAAACCACCUCCUAAUCGUCCUCCUGGAAAUGUGUCCUGGAGGACUGAUGCUUCCUGGGUAAUUGUGCGCUGGGACCAUGUGAAGUCCCUGCACAAUGAGUCUGCUAUUCUGGGAUACAAGAUUCUGUACAAGCAUGACAGUCAGACGGUUCUGAAGGUAGUGGACAAGACGAAGACAUCAGUGAACCUGCCGCUGCCCAAAGACGACCAAUACGUGGUGCUGGAGGUGCGCUCCUGGGGUGAAGGUGGCGACGGGCCUGCGCAUGAGAUUAUUGUUUCUCGCGACUCAGGAACGGGCAUGAUGGUGCAGAGCAAGGCAGUAGCGUGCAGUUGUUCAAUCCUCACUUCUGCCAUUCUUUUACUGUCAGUACUGUGACGUCAGAUUUUUGGACUUUUUUCUUUGCUGAGUUGACACUUUUUGAGUGGCUUUUGGCAGCUGGCAAAGUUUUCUUCGAGGAUACUAAAGAAAACAGUCUUUUUUUUUUAAAGGGGAAAAUGCAUUUGUCAACACAUUUUACUUUUGUAUUUGGUUGAUUGUAUGAGACACAUGACAUGUGACUUCCAGCCUCAGUAUUUACAGUGUACAUAGCAUUUGGAGAAGAAAAACGUUACAGUAGUCACAAUUAAUUUAAUUUAUUCAUCUUACAUUUACACAAAAUAUACACCUGACCAUUUAGGAAUGGUAAUGAUUAAAUACAGAUUCAUUGAUAAGUACAGUAUUAUCCUAAUUGUUGCUAUUGGGGUGAAGUAUGACACUGAUUUAUUGGUUCUGAUAUGCCGUCAUAGACAUAAAUGCAGUCAACAAAAAGUUUAAUAACCUAAACAAACACUUGGAAAAGUCAACAUCAAACACACUAAAGCAGGCCUGGGCAAUUAUUUUACUCGGGGGGGGCAGAUUUAGAUAAAAAAGUGUGCCUGGGGGCCGGUAUAUCUAUUUUUAGGAACACUAAUACAAAACCUCACAAUAAUGAUUGAAAGCUAAAAACGUUAUGACAGACCGCCUUAAAAAACAGAAUGGAAUUUGAAUUUUUUUUUACUGAAUGAGACCCAGAAUGUGCAUGAAAAUAAAGAAUGUAGGAUUUACAUUAUUAACUAUGAAUGAUAAAACACUGAAUAUUGACAACAUAUUUUACAAUCAACCGAAACGCAACCAAAAUGCAACAAACAUAGUGGGGGAAAAAAACACCUACAAUCUGAGAUAUCUCAUAGUGACCAUAGUAAGUAAUUAUAUGACCAUAGUAAGUAAUUAGAUGACCAUAGUAACUAAUUAGAUGACCAUAGUAACUAGUAUAUCAUGCAGAUUCCAAGCAUUGAAAGAGUUAGUAUAGUUGAAGACUUCCGGUCAUUAGAAAACAUGACUGCACAUCAUAAUGGCAGCUACACUUUCCAUCUUAAACAUCUAAAACAAUUAUUUGGGAAUGUCCGGCGGGCCAGAUUGAAAAGCUCAAUGGGCCGCAGGUGGCCCCCGGGCCUUAAUUUGCCCAGGGCUGCACUAAAGCAACAAGUAAAGUUUUCAAAGUAUACAAACAUUGUUGCUCUACGAGGAUUUUGAGAAUGAAAUAUUAUUCAUUGUAUGCUCAGUAAUUACUUCAACAAAAAUUAUAAUUCAUAACUUUAUAUUUUAUAUUAUUUAUAAUUUACAUAAUGUACUGAUAACAAUGAUCGUUUUAACAACUAUAACAUCUUUAUUGACUCAAUUUACUAAUUACAAUAUUAAUAAUUCUUAUUAUUAUUAUUGACAUUUACUAAUAAUGGUUAUAAUUUUAACAAUUAUAUUUUAUUGACACUAUUUACUAAUAAUUAUAAUUUUAACAUAGCAUGAUUACUGACAUUAUUUACUCACAAUUAUAAGUUUAGAAAUUAUAGCGUGUUUAUUGACACUGUUAACCAAUGACUUUUAUGACUUCAUUAUUGAUACUAUCUACUAAUAACAAUUAUUAUUUUAACAUUUAUGACAUGAUAACAGUAUUUACCCAUAACAGUUAUAACUAUAAAAAGGAUUUUAAAACAUAAUUUUAACGAUUAAAGCUUGAUUAUACAUAUAAAAUACUAAUUGGAAGGGUCUUGUUUUUGAGAAAUAGAGAAAAUAUUCCUGUGUUAUGUAAUAUUGCUGACUAGUAAUACUAGUGACUAUGUACAGUCU